CCCAGACCCGGCAGCACGUUCUGUUGUUUCCGCCAGUACUCAGGAAAUCGGAAUCCGGCGCAAAGCAGCUUCUUCAGGUGAGGCGUCUAUGGAGCAACUCCUGGCCCAGCUGUGCGGUACCAGCACAGCGCGGCCGCUCCCGCUGUGGGAGGGGGACACCACGGGCCACUGCUUCACUCAGCUGGUGCUCAGCGCCCUGCCCCACGCGCUGCUCGCCGUGCUCAGUGCCUGCCACUUGGGCACCCCGAGGACUCCAGAUUAUGUCCUCCACUGCAGUUCUGGCUGGCGCCUCCGACUUGGAGCUUCCUUCCUGCUCUCCAUCUUCCCGCUGCUAGACCUCCUUCCAGUUACUUUGCCACCAGGGGCAGGCCCAGGGCCCAUAGGGCUAGAGGUGCUGGCAGAAUGUGUGGCAGCUGUGGCCUGGAUCAGCCACAGCCUGUCCCUGUGGGCCUUGGCUCAUUCCCCUCAUGGUCGUUCCCGGGGGCCCUUGGCCUUGGCUCUAGCAGCCUUCCUUCCAGCCCCAGCCCUAGUGCUUACCCUGCUAUGGCAUUUCCAGCGAGGUACACUUCUGCUCCCACUUCUCCCAGGACCCCUGGCCCGCCUAUGCCUUCUCAUCCUGCAGCUAGCUGCACUCUUGGCCUAUGGACUGGGCUGGGCAGCCCCUGGGGGGCCACAAGAACACUGGGCUCAGGAGACUCUCCUGUCUGAGGAUCAAGAACCCGAGGUGACUGAAGAUGGGGAGAGUUGGCUGUCACGCUUUUCCUAUGCCUGGCUGGCACCCUUGCUGGCCCGCGGGGCCUGUGGAGAGCUCCGGCAGCCCCAGGACACUUGCCACCUGCCCCGCAGGCUGCAUACAAACUACCUGGCCCAUGCCUUCCAGGCACAUUGGCAGGAGGGGGCCCAGCUGUGGAGGGCCCUGUAUGGAGCCUUUGGGCGGUGUUACCUGGCACUCGGAUUGCUGAAGCUGGUGGGGACCAUGCUAGGAUUCUCAGGGCCCCUGCUGCUUUCCCUGCUGGUGGGCUUCCUGGAGGAGGGGCAGGAGCCACUAACCCAUGGCCUGCUGUAUGCUCUGGGGCUAGCUGGUGGGGCUGUGCUAGGCGCUGUGCUACAGAAUCAGUAUGGGUAUGAGGUAUGUAAGGUGAAACUUCAGGCACGAGGGGCCGUGCUGAACAUCCUGUACCACAAGGCUUUACAGCUGGGGCCCAGCCGCCCUCCUGUCGGAGAGGCCCUGAACCUACUAGGCACUGACUCAGAGCGGCUGCUUAACUUUGCUGGGAGUUUCCAUGAGGCCUGGGGCCUGCCCCUGCAGCUGGCCAUCACCCUCUACCUGCUGUACCACCAGGUGGGCGUGGCCUUCGUGGGUGGUCUGAUCUUGGCACUGCUGCUGGUGCCUGUCAACAAAAUGAUUGCCACCCGCAUCAUGUCCAGCAACCAGGAGAUGCUACAGCACAAGGAUGCACGGGUUAAGCUCAUGACAGAGCUGCUGAGUGGCAUUCGGGUCAUCAAGUUCUGUGGGUGGGAGCAGGCACUGGGUACCCGAGUAGAGGCCUGUCGGGCUCGAGAGCUGGGGCGACUCCGAGUCAUCAAAUACCUGGAUGCGGCCUGUGUGUACCUGUGGGCUGCCCUGCCGGUUGUCAUCUCCAUCGUCAUCUUUAUCACCUAUGUUCUCAUGGGGCACCAGCUCACUGCCACGAAGGUGUUCACGGCCCUGGCACUGGUACGCAUGCUCAUUUUUCCCCUCAACAACUUCCCUUGGGUGAUCAGUGGCCUCCUGGAAGCCAAAGUGUCCUUGGACCGGAUCCAGCGUUUCCUCAAUCUUCCAAACCACAACACUCAGGCCUACUACAGCCCAGAUCCCCCCACAGAGCCAUCUACAGUAUUGGAGCUGGAUGGAGCCCUUUUCUCCUGGGAUCCCAUUGGAACCAGCCAGCAGACCUUCAUCAGUCACCUCGAAGUAAAAAAGGAUAUGCUGGUGGGCAUUGUGGGGAAGGUGGGCUGUGGGAAGAGCUCACUGCUGGCUGCCAUUGCUGGGGAGCUGCACAGGCUCCGUGGGCAGGUGGCAGUGUGGGGGCUGUCCAAGGGCUUUGGCCUGGCCACCCAGGAACCCUGGAUUCAGUUUGCCACCAUCCAAGACAACAUUCUCUUUGGGAAGACAUUUGAUGCCCAGCUGUAUGGGAAAGUGCUAGAGGCCUGUGCCCUCAAUGACGACCUCAGCAUCCUGCCUGCUGGAGACCAGACAGAGGUGGGGGAGAAGGGUGUGACCCUCAGUGGGGGACAGCGGGCCCGGAUUGCCCUAGCUCGUGCUGUCUACCAGGAAAAGGAGCUCUAUCUCCUUGAUGACCCCCUGGCUGCUGUGGAUGCAGAUGUGGCCAACCACCUGCUGCACAGGUGCAUCCUGGGCUUGCUGAGCAACACCACUCGGCUGCUCUGCACCCACCGCACUGAGUUCCUGGAGAGGGCUGAUGUGGUACUGCUGAUGGAGGCUGGGCGCCUCAUCCAGGCUGGGCCUCCCUCUGAGAUUCUGCCAUUGGUACAACCUGUCUCCAAAGCCUCGACUGAGGAUGGACAAGAGUCUGAUUCAGACACAGCCCCAUCAGUGCAGAACCCAGAGAAAACAAAGGUGGGGCUGGAGGGGGAGCAGAGCUCAUCUGGCCGCCUGCUGCAGGAAGAAAGCAAGAAGGAGGGCGCCGUGGCCUUGCAUGUGUACCAAGCAUACUGGAGGGCCAUGGGCUGGGGCCUGGGCCUAGCCAUCCUCUUCUCUCUGCUCCUCAUGCAAGCCACGCGGAAUGCCGCUGACUGGUGGCUCUCCCACUGGAUCUCUCAACUGAAGGCAUCCAAGAAUAGCUCGCAGGAGGUACCAGCCUCCACCAGCCUGGGUUCCACCGGGCUCUUCUCUCCACAGCUGCUCCUCUUCUCCCCCGGAAACCUCUACAACCCAGUGUUCCUGCUGCCCAAAGCCGCCCACAAUGGUUCCUCCGACAUCCGUUUUUACCUCACCGUGUAUGCGACCAUUGCUGGUGUCAACUCCCUCUGCACCCUUCUCCGGGCAGUGCUUUUUGCAGCAGGCACCCUCCAAGCGGCUACCAUGCUACAUCGCCGCCUGCUGCAUCGAGUCCUUAUGGUGCCAGUAACUUUCUUCGACUCCACGCCCACGGGCCGGGUCCUAAACCGCUUCUCCUCCGACGUGGCCUGUGCAGAUGACAGCCUGCCCUUUAUCCUCAAUGUUCUCCUGGCCAACGCAGCAGGCCUGCUGGGCCUCCUGGCUGUGCUAGGCUCUGGCCUGCCCUGGCUGCUGCUGCUGCUGCCACCAUUGAGCAUCAUCUACUAUCGCGUGCAGCGCCACUACAGGGCCUCUGCAAGGGAGCUGCGGCGCCUGGGCAGCCUCACCUUGUCUCCACUCUAUACCCACCUGGCCGAUACCUUGGCUGGCCUCCCCGUGCUCCGGGCCGCUGGGGCCACCUACAGGUUUGAGGAGGAGAACCAGCGACUCCUGGAGCUAAACCAGAGGUGCCAGUUUGCUGCCAGUGCCACGAUGCAGUGGCUGGACAUUCGGCUACAGCUCAUGGGGGCAGCAGUGGUCACUGCCAUCGCGGGCAUCGCCCUUGUGCAGCACCAGCAGGGCCUUGCAAAUCCAGGGUUGGUGGGCCUGUCACUGUCCUAUGCCCUGUCCCUGACAGGCCUGCUCUCAGGCCUGGUGAGCAGCUUCACGCAGACAGAAGCCAUGCUGGUGAGUGUCGAGCGACUAGAGGAAUACUCCUGUGACCUGCCCCAGGAACCCCAGGACCGGCCGCUGCAGCUGGGCAUCGGCUGGCUGUCUCAGGGGAGCGUGGAGUUCCAGGAUGUGGUGUUGGUGUACCGGCCAGGGCUGCCGAAUGCCCUGGAUGGGGUGACCUUCCGUGUGCAGCCUGGAGAGAAGCUGGGCAUUGUGGGCCGCACGGGCUCCGGCAAGUCUUCCCUGUUGUUGGUGCUCUUCCGGCUGCUGGAGCCCAGCUCGGGGCGAGUGCUGCUGGAUGGCGUGGACACCAGCCAGCUGGAGCUGGCCCAGCUCAGGUCCCAGCUGGCUAUCAUCCCCCAGGAGCCCUUUCUGUUCAGUGGGACUGUUCGGGAAAACUUGGACCCCCGGGGCCUACAUAAGGACAGGGCCUUGUGGCAAGCCCUGGAGCAGUGCCACCUGAGCGAGGUGAUUGUAUCCAUGGGUGAGUGCUGGGUCCUGACCCUGAGAGCAGGGAGGGAGCAGGAAGAGGCCUGCGACCCUGUCGUGAAGAUGCUGUGCCUUGCAGGUGGUCUGGAUGGUGAGCUAGGCGAGGGGGGCCGGACCUUGUCCCUGGGUCAGAGGCAGCUGCUGUGUCUGGCCAGGGCUCUCCUCACUGAUGCCAAGAUCCUGUGUAUUGAUGAGGCCACAGCAAGCGUGGACCAGAAGACAGACCAGCUGCUGCAGCAGACCAUCAGCAGACGCUUUGCCAACAGGACAGUGCUGACCAUUGCCCACAGGCUCAACACUAUCCUGAACUCAGACCGGGUACUGGUGCUACAAGCGGGCAGGGUCGCCGAGCUGGACUCCCCUGCCACCCUGCGCAACCAGCCCCACUCUCUGUUCCAGCAGCUGUUGCAGAGCAGCCAGCAGAGAGCUCACUUUUCUCCCUGAGGCCUUGAGCUCGAUCCCCAUGCCAUGGGUUCUACCCUUCAUCUGAUCUAUCUGAUCCAAGGCUGGGCCAGCACAGAGGUGCUGGCUGCUUGUUUACACUUUCCCCUGUGACUCUACCUCUUUCUCACUUCCCCAGAGGAGAAAAGCACAUCCCAGGUUCCUCUUUGAAAAUAACUCUUUUGUGGGCAGAGUCCUGAGUCUUCCCCAGAACCAGGCCUUUACUCUGGCUCUCUUGCUGCUGGGACUCCAGGCAGGUUUUUCUGGCAUAGGAGCCCACUUGCAUUACCAUAGUUUUAUUUGAUAAAAUCCCAUCUUACAUUCUGUGUGUUAAAAAAAUAAUAUUUCUGAUGUGAGGCAGAGGUCCUCUCAGCAUGUACCGGAGCUGAGGGGUGGCGAGAGGACCCCUCCAGUCUGAGGGAUGGAGGAAGUGAGAAAGGGGGCUGCAAAGCCCCCACCUCCGUCACAGUGCUGUGGUCUUCCCAGGCUCAUGGGGCAGCUCAGAUGGCAGGGAGAGCCCUGCUGGCAGCAUGCUAACCUGACACUCCUGGUCCUGGUGCGCCGGGGCAUAGUGUGGAGCAGGGUAGCAACAGGGUCCAGGGGGGCAGACACCCCGGCGCCAGGCCCUCAGGGUCAGCAACAUGGUGGCCAGGACCAGGGUGGCAGUGAGGGCCCCAAACACUACCAAGACCACCAGGCUAGACUCGCCCAGCCCGGCCUCUUGCCUCCGCACCACCUCCUUCACUGAGAUCCGCAGCAGACCAGCCCCUGCACUGUAGGGGGCUGGCCCUGUGGCAGGUACCACCACAGCCAGGGUGGGCCCUGGGGGGGUGUCCAGUGUAGUGGCAGGGUUUGGGACAGGUAAGACAAGCUCACAAGUCUUGCCACUGUAGCCACUGGGGCAGAGACAGUCGAAGUCAUGGACACGGUCCCGACAGCGGGCCCCUCUCUGGCACGGGCGGCUGGCACAGUCAUCCAGGUUUAUGGUGCAGAAGCGUCCAGCAAAGCCCUCAGGGCAGAGGCAGGAGAAGCGGUUUAUGCCGUCGAGGCAGGUGGCACCAUUAGCACAAGGCCGCAUUAAGCAGUCGUCUACAUUCACCUCACAGUGGGCUCCUACAAAGCCUGCCAAGCAGCGGCAUGUGAAGUUGAGGGCAAAGCCCUGGUCGUCCUGGCACUGCCCGCCAUUCCGGCAUGGGGAGCUGGAGUGGAUGAGGACAUCGAUACCGACUUACUGACACCUGCAGUGUAGCCCAGGGCAGCAUUCUGACUGCUUCCCCCACCCAGCUAUGUCACCUUGGGCCACGCUG